GUCUCUGAAGCAUCAGUUGGCAACAUUACCUGGUUGCAAGAAGGCUCUCAAGAGAACAUACCAGCAAAGAGAUCUGCCAAAACAAACUUUGGAUAUCUUGAUCUCUUCAUUAUCUGAUUAGAACUUUGACGAUAGAUGCAGCUUUCUUAGUAUUUAGAAAGGUUACAACGUAUAUGAUUACCGGGAUUUCGUACUAUUGUGCAAUGGGAUGCAAUUGCAAGAGUGUUUAGAGUUGAGAUUUGUAUACAAGCUUUGCACACCGAAUAUAAUUCUGAUGUGACAAAAUGUCUCUGCUAAAUUCUUUGCCGAAAACCCUUAACGGGCUUUCUAAAACUAUUUCUCGUAGUGUUCCUGCUUUAUUUUACCAUCCAAAUGUAAUAGAUCAUUACGAAAAUCCUAGAAAUGUAGGUUCAUUGGACAAAAAUGAUACACGAGUAGGCACAGGUCUUGUAGGUGCUCCAGCAUGUGGUGAUGUUAUGAAACUGCAAAUCAAAGUAGAUAAAGAUGGAAAAAUUAUUGAUGCUAAAUUCAAGACCUUUGGAUGUGGUUCAGCUAUCGCUUCUAGUUCUCUAGCUACUGAAUGGGUGAAAGGAAAAACAGUCGAUGAAGCUUUGAAAUUAAAGAAUACAGAUAUUGCGAAGGAACUUUGUUUACCACCAGUCAAGCUACACUGUUCGAUGCUUGCAGAAGAUGCGAUUAAGGCUGCUUUAUCAGAUUACCGUAUCAAGCAACAAAGUAAGGCAAAUUCCGCUGAAGAUAGCAAUAGCGCAGAGGUAAAAGCUUAAAUGAAUCUCUUUCCAAAAUUAUAGUAUAAAAAAA